GCCCUUGUCACAUGUUCCUGAUCAGUGCUUUGAUCAGCCUAUAUGAUCAGUGAUCCUGAUCCUGUGCAACUGAUCAGUUACCUGAGUUGUUGGUGAAAUUCAUCUUAUCAGGGUUGUAUGCGGAAAGGAACAUGUGGGUUCCUGCGUAUGUGAAGCAUUUAUUUUGGGCUGGCAUGAAGACGACCCAACGAGUUGAAAGUAUAAACAGCUUUUUUGAUCAAUUUGUACACAAGCAUACUCAUUUGUAUGAGUUUGUUGAGGCUUAUUGUGAAGCAAUGGAGGCAAGGGAAAAUGAAGAAAGUAUGGCCGAUACGAGCACUGCGAGAAAUAUAAGGCAAAUCGUCACCUGUUUCCCAGCUGAGGAACUUUUCCAGAAAUUAUACACGGACGCCAAAUUUCAUGAGGUCCAAAGAGAGUGUAGUAGGGUACUGUACGUGCGGUGUUUGAGCAAGAAAAUGUUGGAUGAGUCUGUUGAAGAGUACGAGCUUGAGGAUAGGGUUUGGAUAAAGCCUAAACACGCAAGGAAGGAGAUUGUUACGAAGCAUAAGACGAAGUUUUUUGCAACGUAUAAUUACGUUACCAAGGAAGCAUCUUGUGAUUGUAAGCACUUUGAAUGUCACGGUAUAAUGUGUAGGCAUAUGAUAUUGGUUUAUGACUUGAAUAACCAGACUGAAAUUCCUGGCAAGUACAUACUUCGUCGUUGGCGGAAAGAUGUUGAAAGGAAGCAUACGAAGGUCAGGGUGAUGUACCACGACCCAUUGAAGACAGAAGUUGUGUGUAGGUACGAUAAGCUAAUGGUGUUGUUUGAGCCUUUACUUUCAAGGGCAGCUACCUACAAAGAGUCGAUGGAUGUUGUUGUUGAAAUAUCUCACUUGUUGGCAAUGCGUUUGGAUGAGAAGAUUGCAAUGCUUGACAGGCAAAGGAAAAAUGAGGAUGUAGUAGUUGGUACCCCGUCAUCUGUGUGUUUGGAGAAAGGUGGUACGGAAUUGACCCCCUCAUCCGUUGGCCAGUUACAACCUAUUAGGGUACGACGUACGAUGGUGUUUGAUUCCCCACAAACGAAUGAACAUGAAGGAAGUUGUGCUGGUGGUGGUGGUGUAUCGGGAAGCGUUGGAGGUUUAUCUGGAAGCUUUUCUCGGGGUUUAUCAGGAGGCUUCAAUGAUAGAAUAUAUGCAAUGGAUGCAAUUGCAGCUGGUUUAACAGGUGGCUUUGGUGGCAGUCCUAGCCUUGAAAGCAUAGAUGUGGGCCUAGAUGGGGUCCAAGAAAAUGGCAAUGAGGUUUUUCCUUUGUUAGAUCCUCCAAUACCUCCAAGAUCGGCCCAUAGGACUACUAGUUACCGGUAUAGGUCAUGUACCGAGCGUCUGAAGCGGCCAAUUACCCAAGAACAACUAAUGAACAGAGAGACUCUAACUCCUAGCUCAACCAAUGAUGUUGGUCCUUCUUCUCCUUGUCCUCCAUGUCCUCCAUGUCCUCCUCCAUGUUCUCCUCCUCCAUGUCCCCCUCCUUGUCCUCCAUGUCCUCCUCCAGCUCAACCAAAGGCUGCACCGAGGAAGGCAGCGGCACCGAGGAAGACAGCGGCGCCAAGGAAGCCUGCGGCACCCAGGAAGCCUGCAGCAGCACCCAGGAAGCCAGCAGCACCCAGGAAGCCACGGAAGAGCAAGAAGGUUGAUGAGCAACAACUUAUAGUGCAUCCGCAGCAACAACAACCGCAACAAAACUUCGUGCAUCCCCAGCCACCCCAACAGGAAUUUGUACAAAGUGUUGGUGGUAUACAAAUGUUGGAUGGUUCCUUUAGGUACUAUGCCCGGCCUGUUUCAGCUCCCGGAUGUGUAUAUCAACAACAACGACCAUAUGUUAGCGAUGGAUAUAUUGAUGGCUACAUAGACCCGUCUGUGGACCAUGUCACAUUUGGUUCUCCUCAAUCGGGGCAUUCUCAAAUGGUGCAUCCUCAAAUGGGCCAUCCUUGUCAAAUGGGCCAUCCUACUCAAAUAGGUCAUCCUUCUCAAAUUGUCCAUCCUUCUGAGGUGAGCCAUCCGUCUCAAAUGGGCCAUCCGAUCCCUGUUAUAAACUCGUACCAUCCUGGGUCGUCUUCUUGUCAAGGGUGUUCCUCCUCCGUAGGUCAGUUUCGUCCACUAAACAACAUCAACAACAACACUGCUAUUGUUUAUAAUAACCAUUUUCCUUCGUUUACGCAAAAUGGAAGUGUUUCUAUGCAACCUGUUUCAGGCAACGAUGGUGGUUCAAAGGCGACGAUGGUGGUUCCUAGAUUUAUACAAAAUAUGUUGUUGGGAGGAAAUGACGAAUGUUAAGGACUUGUAAUUCAUUCAAUUGGAAUAGUUGUUGUGUUUGUUAUUUACUCAAUUGGAAUGGUUGUUCUGUUUGUGAA